AUGGAAGACCCAGUCAAGGAGAUACCCGCCAUCAUCCACCUUCUCACGCAAUCACCCCCGUCGCUCCAGCGCGCUACCAUCGACAAAUACUUCACACCUGAUGCCGCGUUCUCGCAUCCAUUUUGUAGAACAUGGUCGAGGCCGAACUCGAGGUGGUUGGUCGAGAGAACGUAUCGGUGGUAUAAGAUUAUGAGUCCGAGGAUUGAUUGCACAGUGCAGAGCGUCGCAUUCGACGAAACUAACCUCGUCCUCUACGCAACCAUCUUCCAAAUCUUCCGCAUCUGGUUUAUACCCUUCUACUACGCGCCCGUCCGCCUCACCACCGUCCUCCACCUACGCCAAUCCCCUUCCAACUCGUCCUCCUCCCAAUCUCCAAAGUCAAAAUACUACAUCGCCAAGCAAGAAGACCUGUACCAAGUCGACCAAUGGAUACGCUUCGUCGCGCCGGGCGCCUGGAUGUUGAUCUGGCUCUGGCAGGCUUGGGCUACGGUGUUUUGCGUCGCGGGGACUGUGCUGCUUUGGCCGAUAACGUGGAUGGAGGAGAAUUGGGGGUGGGGUGAGGGUGUGGGUAUGACGAGUGGGACAGGGCUUGUCAAGGGGUUUAGGCUUGUGGGGAAGAAUGGGAAGGAUGGUGAGGUUAGGGUUGAUGGGUUGGCGGAGAAGGAGGUCCUGGCGAAGACGGAGUUGAGGGGUAGGAUUGUGGGGUGA